AUGUUCAAACUAAAAUCUGUUUGCACGUUAUCCAUUUUCCCUUAUACUUGCAGGUAUCAGGAUGAAGAUAUUCAUGUGCAAAAUAUCAUACCAUGGAGAUUGGAACCGGGCAAGUCACACGACAUCACACUUACGUCAAAGAACACAAUUUUGAAAACGCCUGUGUUUAUUUUAUCAUACAAAGUUAACGAAAACCAAGAAAAUUCAAGAAGGCUUGUUUUGGCGAUUUGGUGGCCAUCGAUGUCAAAUUUUGGGACAAGAUAUGGAUGGUAAGGGUUUGAAUUCUAGGGCGACUGCGAACUUAGCGUGUUCAUUAUAGGCUAAUAUUUUGCGUAGUUUAAUGGCAAUUAUAGGCGGAGCCGCAUGCACGAGGCUGUUUUCCUUGUCAAUAGGAAAAUUUCAAAACACGUCCUGAUAUAUGCGCGGAAUAAAGCCCAGGUCACAUUACACAACGAUAACGAUACGAUAACUUGUAUACGCGCGCUGAUUGGUCAAAAAUUUAUCGUUAUCGUCCGACUGAAAAAAAAAUCAAGGUGAGCGAUUUUAAAAUCGUUAUUGUUAUCGUCUAACGUUAAUUUUAUCAUUUUCGUUGUUGUGUGGACACUAACACAUUUUUUUGCCACUUAUCGCGUGUUUACAAUUUAUCGUAUCGUUAUCGUUGUGUAGUGUGACCGGGCCCUAGGACUGGCAAACAACAAAUAUUAAUCUGAAUGUAAGUGCAAAAAAAGUUUUGGAAGUAAACUCUAAACUUUCUCAAUUUUCACACCAUCUCUCGAGGGACUCUUUAGCUCCGUUUUCCACUUAUUUUUCUCAAUAUACAUAUGCAUGCACUAGCAAAAUCUGUAUUCUGCGCACGUUGUUUUAUGUACCUGUAAUAAUUCCACGUGAUUUAUGACAGAUGUAACAAAUUUAAAAUACGUUUUCUUUUAAAGGUAUUCUAUUUCAUGGAUUAAUCCACUACGAAGAGAUUACGUUCCCAAAGCACUCAGUAGACUUGCCGAAGUAAUUAGGGCAGCGCCAGAAGCGCCGACUAUUGCAAGCACGAAACUGGAUCAGUUUGAAAUCUUUCGUCCCAUCGGGAACCCCAGUAUUACAUCAGAUACUCUGCCUCGAGUUUACUAUGUAUUAAUUGGUGAAUACCAACGUUAUAAGUUCUGGUCGUUUCCACUUAUGCGUUCACAACAAGAGUUCAAGGAUCUGAAAUUGCUUACAGCGAUGGGAAAUGGAAAAAAGAAUGGAAUGGUGAUGAAAGUGUUUGGCACAUCACGGAAACCAAGGGAAAGUGAACCACUUUUUUCUUUCAUCCCCGAACCAGUUGAUUACGCUUAUUCCGAAGAACAAAAUCCCCCAUUGUAA